CAAAAGAGGAGUAGCCCCCACAAGUCAUGGCAACUUUAAACGCUGUACCUCGUUCUCUCUCGCGAAAUCCAAACUCCGCAAUUAUAACUGUUAAUAACGACCGUCCUUCUAAAAGCAACCAGCGUACACUCUCUCUCAUAGAUCAAUGCACCAAUUUAAAGCAUCUAAAAGAGCUGCAUGCUCAAAUGCUUCGCUCAGGCCUCUUCUUUGACCGUUACUCAGCCAGUAAACUCUUCACAGUGUCGGCUCUUUCAUCCUUCUCCAACCUCGAUUAUGCUCUCAAGGUGUUCGAAGAUAUUACCCAACCAAAUCUCUACACUUGGAACACUCUCAUUCGCGCUUUUGCUUCAAGCCCAGAACCCAUUCUGGGCCUAUUGAUAUUUAUCCGAAUGCUUCAUGAGAGUCUAGAUUUUCCAAAUAAGUUCACUUUCCCUUUUGUUAUCAAAGCUGCUGGAGGGAUUUCUUGUUUGCCUGUUGGGAAAGCUAUUCAUGGGAUGGCUAUUAAGGCUUCACUGGGUUCGAAUUUGUUCAUUUUAAACUCGCUUAUACAUUGUUAUGCUUCUUGUGGAGAUAUGGAUUCAUCCUAUCUGGUGUUUAUGAAUAUUAAUGAGAAGGAUGUUGUUUCUUGGAAUUCGGUUAUUACAGGGUUUGCACAAGGAGGCUUUCCUGAAAAGGCAUUAGAGUUGUUUCAAAGAAUGAAGGCGGAGAAUGUGAGUCCGAAUGAUGUAACAAUGGUGGGUAUUUUGUCUGCCUGCGCAAAGUCGAUGGACUUAGAGUUUGGGAGAUGGGUUUGCCAGUAUAUUGAGAGAAAUGGGAUUAAUGUGAAUUUGACUGUGACUAAUGCGAUGCUUGAUAUGUAUUUGAAAACUGGAAGUAUUUUAGAAGCAAGGAGAUUGUUUGAUAAGAUGGAGGAGAAAGAUAUUUUUUCCUGGACAACCAUGAUUGAUGGCUAUGCAAAAAAGGGAGAUUUUGAUGCAGCUAGGAAUCUUUUUAAUGCCAUGCCGAGAAAAGAUAUAUCUGCAUGGAAUGUGCUAAUUUCUGCUUAUGAACAGAAUGGAAAGCCAAAGGAGGCUUUGGCCAUUUUCCACGAAUUGCAGCUCAGUAAGGCUGCAAAGCCAGAUGAAGUCACACUUGUAAGUACCCUUUCCGCAUGUGCUCAAUUGGGAGCAAUAGAUGUUGGUGACUGGAUCAAUGUUUACAUCAAGAAGCAAGGCAUUAAGUUAAACUGCCAUCUCACAACGUCACUUAUCGAUAUGUAUUCCAAAUGUGGUGAUCUAGAUAAGGCACUUGACAUUUUCUAUUCAGCAGAGAGAAGAGAUGUGUUUGUUUGGAGUGCCAUGAUUGCUGGUUUGGCAAUGCAUGGCCGCGGAACGGAUGCUAUAGAUUUGUUCAUGAAAAUGCAAGAAGCUAAGGUAAAGCCCAAUGUUGUGACAUUUACCAAUUUGUUAUGUGCUUGUAGCCACACAGGAUUAGUGGAUGAAGGGAGGAUGUUUUUUAAUCAAAUGGAGUCUGUUUAUGAUGUUGUUCCUGGAAUCAAGCACUAUGCUUGUAUGGUUGAUACCCUUGGUCGUGCAGGUCUUCUGGAAGAAGCUUUUGAAUUCAUAGAGAAAAUGCCAAUAGCCCCUAGUGCUUCUGUAUGGGGAGCUCUACUAGGAGCCUGUAGAAUCCAUGGGAAUGUCAAGCUUGCUGAAAUGGCUUGUAGCCGUUUGCUGGAAAUAGACCCUGAAAAUCAUGGAGCCUACGUGCUUUUAUCCAAUAUAUAUGCCAAAACAGGGAAAUGGGAAAAUGUUUCUGAAUUAAGGCAGUGUAUGAAAGUUAAUGGAAUUAAGAAAGAACCAGGUUGUAGUUCAAUAGAGGUUGAUGGUGUAAUUCAUGAAUUUCUCGUGGGAGACAAUUCUCAUCCUCUCUGCAAAGAAAUAUACAAAAAGUUGGAUGAGAUUAUUGGUAGAUUAAAAUCUGCCGGUUAUGUGCCCAACGCGUCCCAUGUUCUGCAAUUUGUUGAAGAAGAAGACAUGAAGGAGAAGGCCCUUAACCUUCACAGUGAAAAGCUAGCAAUUGCCUUUGGGCUUAUCAGCGUGGGUCCAUCGCAACCAAUCAGAAUUGUGAAAAAUCUUCGUGUUUGUGGGGACUGUCACUCAGUGGCUAAGCUCAUAUCUAAGCUUUACAAUAGAGAUAUACUAUUAAGAGAUCGAUAUCGAUUCCAUCAUUUUAGUGGAGGGAAUUGCUCAUGUAUGGAUUACUGGUGAACAUGGAGUUGAAGAUUUCUCCUCAGUCUCUAGAAAUGAUAUCAAAUCCUUGCUAAGUUUAUUUCCUGAAGCAGCAGGAUCGAAUUAGAUAUUGCUGGAUGAUAUAAUCACUUGGUGGAGGUGGAGUUGAAAACAAGUCAUAUUGUCAAAAAAUCAAACACUUGUUAGCAUUGUAUCUGAGAUCAUUUCAGCAUUGCAAAAUGAAUGGCUGAAGAUUUGAAACUUUGUAGUAGUGUUCAACAAGGACAGAUCUGCAGUAUAAGUUUAUUGUUAGGAGCAGCAAACUCAGUGAUGAUCACAUAUUAGUGAAAUGAUACUAUGUACUAUUCAAAUUGAACCCUAAAUUUCAUGUAAUUUCAGCAAGUUUUGAGCCAGUAUUUUUCUCUACUAAACUUUAUAUCUCA